ACCUUGUCGAGGCGAGUUCUCCGGCUGGUUAACCAAUUAGAGUGAUGGUAUGGUAACGAGUUAUCGGCAGUGGCUCAGGAGCCCCGCAAUGGUGGGAUGGCGGGGUCAGCAUUUUGCGCCCUGGAAUGCAUAGACUAUUUUAACACUGCUGCCCCAAAGUCUGUUUGCUUUGGUGCUUUGUUCUACGUACAGAGCCCCCUACCUAUCUGUCUGAUCUGCGAUUAUAGUGACGCUACCUGCUCACUAUCGACCCGACUUCUAGACUUUAUCAGCAGCAGUGUCGCAGAUUUGACCUUGUUCUCAACCAUACCAAUACCCCGCCCGCGCAUACCCCUCAAUCAGUCGGCCUCGGGCACUCGACUCGACGCAUACGAUCGCAAAAUGGCAGGCGGUGGUCCAGGUGCAAACUCACGCGGCCGCGGCGGCAAGUUUAAGAAGUACACACGUGGAGGUGGUAAGCACUUCUCGCGUGACCUCCGACCGCUUGAUGCCGACGGCAAUGAAAUCGACAUGUGGAGCGCGGAUGCCAAGAAGAAGACAUCGUCCGACGAGGACAGCGAGGAGGACUCGGAGGAGGAAGAGUCCGAGGAGGAGGACUCCGAUGACGCCGCCGGCCCAUCCGCCCAAAACCAAUCCGCCGCCGAGCUGAGCCGCGAGGAGCGCAGGAAGGAAAAGAAGGCACGCAAGGACGCCGCCAUCGCUAGGUCCAAGAAGCCGGUAGAGGUCGGCGACCUACCGCCGAGCGACUCGGAGGAGGAUGAAGAUGAUGACAUGCCCGCCAACCCGAACCACUCGCGCAAGGCUCGCAACCAGACCAAGGUGUCUCCCGUUGAGGAGGCCACCGAGGGCGUCAAGAAGAUGAGCGUCGCGCCUAGCAGGCGGGAACGCGAGGCUAUCGAGGCUGCUGCGGCCAAGGAGAGGUACCGCAAGUUGCAUGAGGCGGGCAAGACGGAUGAGGCCAGGAUGGAUUUGGCUCGCCUGGCGCUCAUUAAGGAAAGACGUGAGAUUGAGGCAGCCCGGAGACAGGCCGAGAAAGAGGAGAAGGAGGAGAAGGAGAAGGAAAAGCGGGCUGAGUUUGAUGCUAAGGAAGCUAAGCGGCGUGAGGCAGCCCUUGGGCCGAAGAAGACAGGGAAGAAGAAAUGAACUGCGCCCGUGUCCUAGGAUAGUAUUACA